ACAGUGCGCCAGCAUGGGGCAGCUGCUGCCCCCAGUGGCUCUGCUGCUUCUAGUCUCAGCUUCCUCGCGGGCUGCGGAUGUCCCCAAGGCGGUGGUGAUCCUGGACCCUCCGUGGGCCAGCGUGCUCAAGGACGACCAUGUGACUCUCAAGUGCCAGGGGCCCCACCCUGCUGGGGACAACACCACACAGUGGCUGCACAAUGGGAGCCUCCUCUCCAGCCAGGCCCCCGCCUACACCAUCACAGCUGCCAGGGCUGAAGACGGGGGCGAGUACAGGUGCCAGACGGGCCUGUCCUCGCUCAGCGACCCAGUGCAGCUUCGUGUCCAUCUCGGGCUUGGUGCGCUGGCUGAGCGGGCGCGGACGAGCCGGGGAGCGAGCCUGCGGGUGCGGUCCGUCGCCUGGCCGGACCCCUGGUGCACGAGGGCUUGGACGAGCCAGCUGAGGGCCGACGCGGACACGGAUGCGCGCGCCGCCGGGGCCACGCUGGAUCCGGAGGCAGGGGCCCGGGAGUAA